AUGUAUACGCAGUUACUUAAAGAAAUUAUAUUGGAUAUUGAAUAUGACAUUGAAUAUAUAGAGGAAUUUACUACUUAUUGUCGGAAUAAAUAUGCAAAUAAUCAAGCUGCAAGAAAUUUUCUUGAUAAAUUUGAAAACGAAUAUUUUAAACAUCUACCUGUUUGGUGGUACACAUAUCCGUGUUUUAUCUUCUCCAUGCUGAAUCGAGCUUUGAGAACUUUAGAAGCUGAUACUAUGAUUAAAAUGGGAUUUUUCAUUCGAGAUCUCCAUAAUCAUAUCACAGAACUCUACUCAGAACAAUUAACUCAUCAUCAGGUACGACCUUUUACUGUUUAUCGAGGUCAAGGCAUGUCAAAGCUGGAUUUUGAAAAAAUGUUGAAAACAAGAGGUGGACUCAUAUCAUUCAAUAAUUUUCUAUCAACCACUAAAGAUCAAAAUGUCGCUUAUGCGAUAGCCGAUAGCAAUAGAGGCAAUCCUGAUUUGGUAGGAAUUCUUUUCGAAAUGAAGAUUGAUCCAUCCAUAUCAUCAACUCCAUUUGCUAUUCUCGACGAAACAAGCUACUAUCACAACUCAGAAAAAGAAAUUCUUUUCUCUAUGCAUACCAUUUUUCGUAUUGUUGAUAUAAAACAGAUUCAUGGCAUCGAUCGACUCUUGGAAGUAGAACUCACAUUAACUAAGGACAACGAUCCACAACUUAGUAUUCUUACAGAAUUGAUGCGUGAAGAAACUAGAGCAACAACACCGUGGGAUCGAAUAAGUCAAAUGUGGCUCAAGUUAGGUGAAUGGGACAGAGCUGAACAAGAUUAUCGUGAUCACGUUGAGUUAGUAUUUCAUCCUGUAGACAAAGCACAUAUGUACAAUCAGCUUGGCUACAUAAUGACAUGGAAGGCGAACUAUGUUGAAGCAUUGUCGUUUUACCAAAAAUCAAUAGAUAUUUAUCAAAAAAUACGGCCUCCAAAUGAUCUUACCUUCAGAGGCCUCUAUAGUAAUGUUGGUGCCGUUUAUGAAAAAAUGGGAGAAUUCACGAAAGCACUAUCUUUUUUUGAAAAAGCACUUGAAAUUGCAAAAGAAAAAUUACCGCCAGAUCAUGCCGAUGUCGCAUCUAUUUAUCACCAUAUGGGUGAAUUGUUCCAUAAUAUAGGAGACUACUCAAAAGCGUUUCCGUUCUACGAGAAAGCACUUAAAAUUAGUGAAAAAACACUUCCUUCUAACGAUCCAAAGUUGGCUUUUCUUUAUGGCAAUAUCGGUUUGGCAUAUAGAAACAAAGGAGACAAUAUCAAAGCAUUUUCAUUUUAUCAAAAAGGACUUGCAAUUCAAGAGCGAAUACUCCCUCAAGAUCAUGUUAGUUUGGCUACUACUUACUACAACAUCGGUGCACUUUUUAUUGCUAUGCAAGAUUACUUGACAGCAAUUCUUUAUUAUGAAAAAGCACUUAGUAUUGACGAAAAGAAGUUGCCUCCAGAUCAUCCAGAUUUAGCUUCUACCUAUGGUAGUACUGGCGACGCAUACGUCGAAAUUGAAGAGUACUCAAAAGCAAUUUUACUUUACGAAAAACAGCUAAAAAUCUUUAAAAAGAGACUUCCUUCAAAUCAUUUCGAUCUCGUCAUUUCUCACAAUAAUAUUGCCUUCCUAUACAUGACAAUAGGUGAUAAUACCAAGGCUAUUUCAUAUUUUGAAAAGACACUUCAGAUCUGCGAACAAGCGUCUUCUUCUAGUCACGAGACAUUAUCUGCUAUAUAUAAAAAUAUUGCUGCAGCAUAUGAUGAAAUGGGAGAGCACACAAAAGCAACUGAAUUGAAAGAACAUGCUGCCAGAAUUAACUAG